AUGGCGCGCACCACCUCCUGGAACCCUCUCGCCUUCGCCCCAGCCCAAGUCACCCUCCUCACAUCCGCCCUCUACAUCGCCCUCUUCGCCGUCCUCCUCUGGGUUCAUAGUACCGUCCCCAGCGCUCCCAGCGACCCUACCCCCAUUGGCGGCAUCAAUUUGACAUCCGCAUGGUUAGAUCUGAGCUACAUCUCUGACGGACAUCAUCCGGUGGACUCGAGGCGGAAUGAGGUGGUGAGGGGGUACCUGCUAAAGAGGAUUGAGGAGGUGCUGGAGGGGAACGAUGUGGAUCAUCGGGUGGUGUUGGAACGGGCGGGAAGGAAGCCCGGGAAUGAGAGUAUGGUGCUGAAGCCGGCGUUGAGGGAGGUGACGGUUUUCGAUGACCGGAGGAGUAAUGUGACGUUCUUGGACGAUUUUAGGAGACAGCCGUGGACGUGCUAUUCGGAAUCUACUAAUGUGAUGGUGUAUAUCCGUGGCUCGGAGGAUCCGAAGGACGACUGGUGGGAGAACAACGACAAGUAUGAAGGACAGGGAGGGGUAUUGGUGAAUGCUCAUUACGAUUCUGUGAGCUCUGGGUACGGAGCCACGGAUGACGGGGUGGGCGUGGUCACGAUACUGCAGCUCUUAUCGUACUUCACGACCGAGGGUAAUCAGCCGAAGCGAGGCCUUGUGCUGCUUCUGAACAACAACGAGGAAGACGGAUUAUACGGCGCAAAAGAGUACCUACGCCAUCCGCUCUCGGAAUUCACGCACAUGUUCCUCAACCUUGAAGGCGCAGGCGCAGGAGGUCGCGCAAUGUUGUUCAGGAGCACAGACGCCGAAGUCACGAAGUUCUAUACCAGUCCCAACCCCUUCGGCAACAUCGUCAGUGGCGAUGGGUUCAAGCGCGGCUUCGUACGUUCGGGGACAGACUACUCUGUCUUCAACGGCGAUAAUCGCAUGCGAGGGAUUGAUGUCGCGUUCUUUGAGCCCAGGGCGAGGUAUCAUACUGACCAGGACGAUGCGAGGGAUACUUCUGUGGACUCGCUGUGGCAUAUGCUUUCUGCUGCUCUCGAGACGACGGAGGCGAUGACUUCGUAUGAGGGUGACCAGUUUGAUGGGUCUACGAGGCGGAACGGGAAGCUCGAUAUCAGCUCUGGGAGCGACUCCGCCUAUUUCGAUCUUCUGGGCAAGGCUUUCGCGGUCAUGAGGCUGCAGACGCUGUUCGCGCUGUCUGUUAGUCUGUUGGUUGCGGGCCCGGUUCUCUUGAUCGUACUCGAAGUCAUCCUCCGGAAGAGCGACAAAUGGUAUCCCCUCUCGACAAAACAUUACCUGCACUCCUCAGAUGACGACGAAGCCGUACACUUCAGCGGUAUGCGCGGCCUCUUCCGCUUCCCGCUCGCCUUCGUGGUCGCCACAGCAGCAGUUCUGGCGCUCGCAUAUCUUCUCACCAAGAUCAAUCCGUUCAUCAUCUACAACAGCGAGUACGCCGUUUGGGCCAUGAUGCUCUCGGCGUGGUUCGCAGUGGGAUGGUUCUUCCUCGCUGGAGCGGAUCGAGUCCGGCCGACCGCGUUGCAACGCAUGUUUUCUAUCAUGUGGCUCUAUUCGCUGACUUGGGUUAUGCUGGUCGCUGCGACGGUGGGAGAGAACAACUUUGAUCUUGGGUCCGGGUAUUUCGUCGUCAUUUACAACGCUGCGACUUUUGCGGCGCUGCUGGUUUCGUAUUUGGAGUUGCUGGCUUUGCCAACGAAAACGUCUUAUGUAGAGCAUGUUUCCGGCGCUGAGCAGGAGGUCCAUGGCCGGUCUGGACGUCCGGGCAGUCGGUCUUCUCGCAGCGUGUUGAGCUCGAGCCGGCGCCAGCCUUCUGGAGCAGACGAUGACGAUGACGACGAAGCUACAGAGCGCAGCGGUUUGCUCGGGGCCAGCGAUCGCCGGAGCGGCAACACUUUCGUCAGUAAGAUUGGAAAGCGAUCACAGGUUGACGAGGAUGCGGACGCAAGCGACGACAAGUAUCUCAAUCAGGCCUACGGAGACGAGCAACCGUGGUCGAGCAAGCUGCCACGGUGGACAUGGGUGAUACAGCUGAUCCUGCUCGCACCGAUCAACAUCAUCAUCAUUGGGCAGAUUUCCCUGCUAUUGACCAGCGCACUCCACAUGACGCCUGCCGAUGGCAAUCCAGUCCUGCCGAUCUACCUCUUCAUCGCGGUCCUGGCUCUGCUACUUCUCCUACCGCUCACACCCUUCCUACACCGUGUCAGCUACAGGAUCGCGACAUUCAUGUUCCUGGUUUUCGUAGGCUGUCUGAUCUACAACCUCCUCGCCUUCCCCUUCUCCUCCGAUGCUCGACUAAAGAUCUACUUCGUUCAGCGCAUCGACUUGAACGCCGGGAGCAACGACGUUAUCAUCGCAGGGCUCGACGGCUACAUACAAGACAUCAUCGGCGAGCUCCCGAGCGCCGCUGGGCAGGAUCUCAAAUGCGGCAUUGACGGGCCUUCCGGGAAGGCGGACAGACGUAGUGGACUGCAAACCUGUUCGUGGCAUGGGCUUGCUCCUAACGUACUUGCGAACGAGCCUCUGGAGACUGCUAGCUUUUCGAAGAACACGACGAACGACUUCGCUUCCUGGCUCGACUACAACGUCACUGCCGCCAAUGGCACAGCCAACUUCAGCAUCCGCGGUCGCAAUACCAAGCAAUGCCGUAUUGUCUUCGACAACCUCGUCUCAGAAAUCCACAUCGACGACGCAGCGCUAGAUCCCCGAUACAAGCCCGUCGCCGAGAAGGGAAGCGAGCAAAUCCGACUCUUCAGUCGGGAGUGGGAUAAGACUUUCGAGGUCGAUGUUUCGUGGCCCAGCGGGAAGACGAAGGGCCAGAAGGGCAAGGUAAUGUGUAUGUGGAAUGAUGUGAACGCGCCUGGGGUUAUUCCGGCUUAUGAUGAAGUGAGGAGGUUUCAGCCGGUUUGGAGUGCGGUGACGAAGGCUAGUGAUGGGUUGGUGGAGGGGUGGAAGGGGUUUGAGAUAUGA